AUGGCGUUCCUCAUGCGCCGACCGUUCGCCGUGACGGCUGCACUCAAGCAGACGCCCACGCCCACGCUCAUCACAUCGAGCGCCUUCCGCGCCGCCUUCCACCAAGGACCGAUCAGAAAGGCACCCGCACCGUCCAGCUUCAGCACCAAGUUUGCCUCAUCACGAGCAACCUUCCGCAGCGCCUUUCAAUCCUCGUUCCGUCGCAACUACCAGCAACCCGCGGCCUUCCCCAACCCUGCCGCCUCUGGAAACCUCACUCAGCGUCUUCUCUAUGGCGGUGCCAUCUUCGGCGGUACUCUUCUUGCCAUCAACCUCGUCUUCAACCGUGAAACCAGAGAGGACGGCGGCAUGCCUCCCUUCGAACGCGCCUACCUGAACGACACGUUCCUGCACACUGGCCUCGGAAUCGGAAUCAUCGGUAUCGCUGCUCGCGCUCUUCAUGCAAACGGAUGGAGCUACCGUCUCAUGGCUGCCAACCCCUGGUUGAUCCUCGGUAUCGGUCUCGUUGGCUCCAUCGGCACCAUGAUGGGUACUCGCAUGUGCCCUCCUGAGAACUACGUCGCCAAGUACGCCCUCUGGACCGCCUUCAACCUGACCCAGGCCGCCCUUCUGUCUCCUCUCAUGUUCUACAACCCCGCCAUCCUCGCCCGUGCCGGUCUCUACACUGUCGGUCUCAUGGGCAGCAUUGCCUUUGUCGGUGCCACUGCCAAGACUGACAAGUACCUCUACAUUGGUGGCCCCCUUCUUGCUGGUGUCGCUGUCGUCGCUCUGUCCGGUCUCGCUCCUCUGGUUCUUCCCGCCACCGCCACGCGCGCUCUCAUGUUCUCUGAGAACCUCUGGCUCUACGGCGGUCUUGUCGUCUUCGGUGGCUUCACCCUCUACGACAUUCAAAAGAUCCUCCACCACGCCCGUCUCAGUGAGCGCGGUCUGAUCAAGCGCGACCCCGUCAAUGAGGCCAUCAGUCUCGAGCUCGACUUUAUCAACAUCUUCGUUCGCAUGGUCCAGAUCUUGGCCAUGCAGCAGAACAGAAGAAAGUAA